CGUUGACAUUGAUCGUAUCGAAUCGUGUAAAUAAACAAUAACAUUAGGUAUUUAACGUUCAGCUGAUUACGAUUAUACGCGAUACGAGAAUAGAAAGCCGUCGAGUCAAGUUCGUAAUAAGGCUAAUGACCCUAACGAAAUAAAACUAGGCGUUGUGUUCAUAUGAUGAAGUGUUUAGAGUAAAAUAAAAUAUUUUCCACCAGCAUAAUGAAUUUCAAAAUAGACAAAAGGCUAUUGCCUAUUAAGGCGCAUUUCUUCUUCUUUUUCGCUGCAUUGGGGCCUCUUUUGCCACAGAUGAAUGUGUUCGGUCGUCAACUCGGUAUAUCUGCGGAUGUGAUGGGGAUGGUGACAGCGGUACUACCAUUACUUUGGGCGGCUGCGAAACCUCUCUUCGGCUAUGUAGUUGAUUAUUGGCCUAGUCAAAGGAAACUAGUCUUUAUGCUCUUAAUAGUUGUAAUGACUGGUUCAUACUGUGGAUUGUGGUUUCUACCGAUGCCCGAAGAGCCAGAAUCGUCUGUACAACUCCUCAGAUCUGUAUACCAAUUUAAUAACACUGUGACAAUCCAGCCAUACAAAAUUGACCAUUCUGAACGUUUACAAAUGGUUAAUUGUCAUUGGAGUUGUGAAAGAAAUUACGAUAUACACGUAUAUUUACCUAAUUCAUCGUUAGUUAAUUCAGUUUAUGUAGACGGAGCGGUAAAUGAUACAUCUUGUUCUUUCUUACGUAUGCAUUAUGUGGAUACUAGAGGGGGACAGGUGAUAUGUUCGCCUAAACAUGAAUGUAAUUUAAUGUGUUUUGAAGAAGGGAUUAAUGGAAGUAGAAAAAGAAGAGAAAUAAGCGGAUCUAAAGAUGCCAAUUCUUUAGAAGUUGAUGAUAGAUUCUUUGGUAAAAUAGAGAAGGAAAAAAAAGAUGAUGGACAUGUUUACAUGACUGUUGUUUUUUGGGUUUUUGUUGUGUUGAUGUGUAUGGGUACUGUUGCAUUUAAUGUAGCUAAUUGCAUUGGAGAUGCGGUCUGCUUUGAUGUAUUGGGUGCCGAAGCUGCAUCAAAGUACGGUGCGCAAAGGGCUUGGGGUACUGCCGGGUAUGGUAUCACAGCACUUCUAGGUGGUUGGCUUGUUGAUUUAGUCUCUGGGACAUACAAGGACUUUACUCCUGCGUUCAUUGUGGCUAUAGUAGCUACCGCUAUUGAUUUAUACAGCUGUAGGUCGCUUAAGCUACCCUCAUUGUCAAGUCCAGAUGACUCAGGGAAGGCGUUACGCGAUGUUCUGAAGAUACCACGGGUCAUGAUUUUCAUAGUAUUUGCUGUGGUGGCCGGAACAUUUGAUAGUUUUAUUAUAUAUUAUAUGUUUUGGUUUCUUGAAGAGCUGGCAGAGCAGACAGGCUGUAAAGCGCGGAUAAAGCUGAUAGAGGGCGUUGUUGUCGCCGCGCAGAGUUUCAUCGGCGAACUUCUCUUUUUCUUCUUCUCCGGUAAGAUAAUAAAGCGGUGGGGCUAUCGGAGAACUCUUACCUUCUCUCUCUUCUGUUACGGUAUCAGACUUGCUCUUAUCUCCUUCAUUCAGCAUCCCUGGCAUCUCGUGUUUAUUGAGGGUAUUAUGCAAGGGCCUACCUACGCGCUUUGUUACUCCACGAUAGUGGGGUACGCGGCUCAUGUCGCGCCUGAAGGUUACUCCGCCACUGUCCAGGGUAUUGUCGCUGGAAUGGAUGAUGGUGUUGGUUUUGCGUUAGGUUCUCUAUUAGGAGGGCAGCUGUACGCCCGACUAGGAGGGCGUGCUGCAUUCCGUACCCUCGCUGUUACGGCCGCUAUAGCUGCGUUUGUACACGGAGCUUUGUCUAUCAAGAGGAAGCCAACAAAACAAACAGAAGAAUUACCAAAAGAAGAGGACGAGAAGAUGUUGCCAGUUGUAAUAAAACAUGACACUUCUAUAUAUAAAGAUACGACAUUGCCAUUGACUGAAGUCAGUCAAAAUGGUGACAGGUGACAAGUUACAGAUAUCGGUUGAAAAAAUCUAUAUAUAUAAAAGAAAGUGGUGUUAGUUACACUAUUUAUAACUCAAGAACGGCUUUAU